AGAUCAGUUUUUGUAGGCUUUAUUACUGGUUUUACGCACUUUUAAUCUUUUUAAUUGUUUUAAAAGUAUGUUAUUGAAAUUCAUGUUUAUGUAAAAAAUUGCUUCAUACUCCUGUGUUUGUGAAUUUUUGAGGCAGUGAAGAAUACAGCAAUAAUUUCUUAAUCAUGGAAGAAGGUCUGACUGAAAAAGAGACCCAAGAAGAGACAUCUGAGUCUGAAGAGGAAGAAGAAGGACAAAGAGAAGGUGAAAUUACUAAGCUGAGUGAAUACCAGGUUCUAGAGCAAACUUAUCAUAAUGUGCUUGCUCAGAUGGAUGAGAAGGAGGGCGUGGAAACAUUUGCCCAAGAAUACAUACAAAUUUUUAAAGCAUUCUACAAGGCCCAUGCUCAUGAAGAGGAACUCAUGAAGGAGAAUGAAACAUUACAAGCACAGGCAGAAACUAAUACUGCCAAAACAGCUGUUGCAGAAAGAUUGGCAGCAGCCAGUAAAGAAACAAUUGAUCAGCUAAAAUGUGAAAUUCAGCAAGCGUGGAAAAUGGUGGAUUCAGCUCAUGCCAGAGAAGAAAACUCUCUAGAAGUAAUUGAGAACCUCAGACUGCAAAUAAGUCAACUGAUUACAGAGAUGGAACAAAGAGUUCAGCUUGGAUUAGACCAAUCAGAAGAGUCUGGUAGUGCAAUGAAAGACAGAGAUAAUUUCCUGAAAGAGAGGGAAUGCUUAAUGGAUGAAAUUGUGAUAUUGAAAGAACAACUUUCUGGUGCCUUAAAUGUGCAAGAAGAUUUAGAAAGAAAGAAUUCUGCUGCAGACCUACGAUGCAGUGAAUUAACACAGGAAUUAGAGAAUCAAAGAAAUGAAAUAAACAAAGAACUCCACAUCAAAAAACACUUGGAAGAAGAACUGAAGGUAUUACUUAAAAGCUUGGACGAAAAAUCUACACAAGUAACAAGUCUUAAACAUCAACUUGGUCAAGCACAGCACGAUGUUGGAAAGCUAGAAACAAAUGUGAAAGAUUUAAAGGCAUUGAAUGAGCGCUUACAGAGAAAUUUUGAAAGCCUCAGUAAUCGACUGGCCAAGAUGCAGGUGGAUUUUGAGUUGCAGGCAGAAAGUCUUGAAAAGCUGAAAAAUGAGAAUUCUACUAAAACACAUGAACUUAAGAUGCAAGGGGAAGAAGUUACAAGACUGCACAGUGAAGUAUCUAAGGUGGGAAAUAUGCAUGAACAGUGCGUCAAGAAGCUGACACAUUCAGAGAAUCAACGUGGGAGCUUGGAACAGGAAAAAGAGAAGCUGAAAGGAGUUAUUGGUCAGUUGGAGAAAGAUCUGGGUACAGCCAAGAAGCAAAUGGAGAAUAACAGGAAGACUUGUGAUGAUCUACAGAAAGACAGAGAAAUCCUCAACAAGAAUAUUCAGAAAGCAGCAAGAGGAACAUUUGAACAACAGAAGCUUUUGAAAGAGCAGGAGGAAAUAAGGAGAGGCUUAGAGAAAGAAAUUGACAACCUUAAUCUGGAAACUAAUAAACAAAGAAAGAUGAUUGAUAGUCUUGAGAAAGAGAGAGACAGAUACAUAUUUCAGUCCCAAGAGCUAAAUCAGAAACUACAGGAUACACUGGAUAAAGUGAAACUGAAUGAGAAGGCCAUCUUUGAUCAUAAAAAGAAGAUAUCAGAAGCAGAUACCAAGUUUAAAAUACAAGAAAACCUGUUUGAAGCAGUCCAAAAUGAUCGAAAUACCUUCAGGAAGAUGCUACUUGAAGCUCAGGAUGAAAUUUCUGAACUUACACAGAAGUUGAAGGUUAUGAGCUAUCUGACUGAGCAACUCAAAGAGGACAUUACAACAAAAGAGAGACAGCUCAUGAAAGAAGAGCAUGCAUUACAGAAAAGUGAAAAAGAAAGAGAGAAUCAAAAAAUUGAAGUAAGAAAACUGAAAGAUGAAUUACAUGAUAGCAAGGAACAAAUUACGGCUCUUAACUUGGAAGAAAGGAAGUUGCAUAAGCUCAUACAGGAUACAGAUGAGGAGAGGAAGAAGCAAAAGAAAGUAAUGGACCAGAUAAUUCAUGAACAACACAUUCUAGGAACAGAGUUAGUUAAGAGAAAUCAUGAGUUAUCUUUGCUGUAUGAAAAAAUAAACAUUCUACAGAAUACACUUCAUAAAGGUGAAGUACAUUAUGAUCAGAGGUUGGAGGACAUUCGUCUACUGAAACUGGAGAUUAAGAGACUCAGGGAAGAAAAAAAUUUACUGUCAAAACGUGUGACCAGUAUGACUGAUAUGCGCCAAGAAAUUUUCCAUCUUGAGCGAGAACUUACUCGAGAGAAACUGAAGUGCCAUGCAUUGGAAGAGGAGUUACAAAGCCCUCUUAAUAUCCAUCACUGGAGGAAACUGGAAGGCUCAGAUCCUUCUACAUACAAACUAAUCCAGAAGAGUCAGCUCCUACAGAAGCGUCUAUUAGUACAAACCCAAACAGCCAUUAAACAAGAGGCCCAGUUACAAGAAUCUGAACAUCUCUACCUAAAUUUAUGUGAAGUCCUAGCCUGUCAGUCAGGCCCCAGGGUAGCCAUCAGGUUACAAGAAACACAACAUAUCCUCAAGGACAGAGAACGAAAAAUGAAGGCUGUGACACCAUGCACCAUGUGGUGUUGUACGUGGCUGCCAUUUCAGAGGAAUUCUGUGCUUCUAUUUUCACAGUUGAAAAGAGCAAAAAUGGAGUGUUUGGUGUCUGAGUUAAACAUGUACAAAGCCCAAGUGUCAGAAUAUAAAUUUGACUUGGAGAAAGUAAACAAAGAAUUACAGGAUGUGAAGAAAAAGUACUUUACACAGAAACGACAUGUGCAGAAAAUGAAGGAAUGAGAACCUACCCUCCAUAUCUGGAGGUUGUCUCCUCCAUCUGCAACCUGAGGACACACCAUGCUGUGGUGAGAAGGGACCCACAAUACAUGGCCAUGGUAAACUCUGUGCAACAAAAAUAAAGCACUUAAAAUCUUGUAGGUCUGAAACUGGAAGUAAUGUAAGUGUAUGAUGAGCAUCAUAAUUCGAAUCAUUUGUAAUCUCCUUGUAUUUGUCCGUAUGUGGCUUUUCUGUACCAUCCACUGAUUACAAUUAGUUGUGCAAGAUGUAAAUUAAGGAAACACCUCAGCAUGUCUGCCUAAUGUGAAGAAAACAUGAAUUAAUGUUAAUGACAUUUCCAUGACGUGGGACUAGGUCCUGCAGUAAACACUUUACUUCUGAUCUGAAGGUGCCAUAUUUACAUCUCACUGGAGAUGAACAAUUUUAUUUGGAAGGGGAGAAUUUUUUUUGUUUCUUAAAGUAUAUUAGUUACUUAUAUAUAAUUUGAAUUUGUAUGUCAGCCCUUGAGAGGGCUGUGUUCAGGAUCUGGCUUUUUUAAUGUACAUGAUGAGGAAAACAUGGGGGGAGAAGAUGUUAGGUUUUAUUCAUGAAUAGAGUUGUAAAUGUAAUUUAUAUACACCUUGUACUUUCCAAUUCAUUAUGCUUUAAUAAUCCUAUUAGUGGCUGGGCACACUUUCUCACUCUGCAGGUCCACUAUAAGAACAAAAGUGGCAUGGCCUGUCAUUUAAUUUUGUUAGUAAGUCAUAAGUGGAUGAAGAGUUGCCUCAGCAUUGUUCCAACAAUAACCUUGUACCUAUCUUGUAUAAUGUAUUACUUGUUUCCAGAAAAUUUACAGAUAACAGCAAUUUCUUUGCUUUUAAGUUUCAACUUCAGUUUCUUAUAGAAGCAUGACUGCCAUCAUGCUAUUAAAGAUUGACAAAGCAGGAUGUUUAACUCUUCAGCAAAAGAGUUGAGGAAGUCACUACGAGACAGUUGUUUCUACAGUUGAUGUGUCAGUAGUCAUUCUCCGUCUGUAAGAUAUAUUGUCUAUGGUGUUGUCUUGAAAUCUAUGUACAGUGUAUGAUUAGGUUCUAAGUCCUAGACAUAUAUAACAGUCUCCCUGGUAGCAACUUACACUUCGCACAUUACAAAUAAUUCUGGACAAACAUUUGUCACAAGUUUUUACUUACUUUGUGUCAUAUCAUAUAAUUUUUAAUCACGGCAAAUUCAGUCUGUGACUGUAGGAAAGAAAUGUCCAUGGCAGUCUUCACAAAACAGUUAUCAUACAUGAAAACCCCAGGCCAACCUCAGGGUAUAAGUUGUGUGAGCAUUUGUCUGUGUGAGCAUUUUUCCGUGUGAGCAUGUUUCAUGUGAGCAUUUAUGACUGUGGGGUUUGUUUUGUGCGUAAUUUUCAUGUGGGCUCUUGUCAUGGAACCCAACUAAACACAUUUAUGUCUGGUACCAUAUGGCAAAGAUAUUGUAUGUUUUUAUGUUCUCACAAGGUUUUAUAGACAUGUUUUAUGUCCUUUAAUCACUGCUAAAGUAUAACACAGUUGCAUAGACAGUUGUCUAUUGAAAACCAUGUGUCCAAAACAUGUCACAUAGUAAAAAUACCUAUUAAUAUUAAAUAUAUGAUCAGUGUUUAUGUGCUUGUGUAUUACUUAGUUGUAUGAAGACAGCUAAUAAUAAUGUUUUCUAAUUUAACUACUAUAUGAUGCUCCAGUACAAUCUAAUCACAUACAAUUUUGAACUUUAAAUCGUGUUUAACAUUCUGUUGAAUGGAAUACGCAAACUGCAUGCACUUGCUCCAGUCAACACACAGUUUCUUGGCCAUAACUCUGCAAACUUUUAACAUCCUACAAACUCUCAGUAUUCUGUUCCUUAAAACUGAAUUAGGCCUCUUUCAGGUUACACAAUUUCAGUUGUUCCUGAAGAUGAACCUUAUCAGCAGGAUUUAAGGCUCUCACAGCAGCAAGUACGAAAAUGGCUGUCUUCAGGGUUGUAGCAUUGUGUAGUCUGGUAGUUUACCAACAUUUCACAGGUCUUUGCUGCCCCCAUCAAUGACUGGAAACAGCAAAGACCUCUGAAACGUCAGUAAAUUUCUACAAGACUACACAGACAUCAUCAUGAACCUUCUUACCUUUUGAGUUAACAGAAACAUAAUCUUUUUUCCCCAGCAUGAUUAUGUUAAUUUCAUCAGAUACAUAAAAAUGUUUCACCAUUUGGGUUUGGAGGGGCUAACAAACCCUACCCAUAUAAAACCAACAUAUUAUGAAAUGUUACACAGGGCAUCAUACAUUUUCUUUUGUGGUCACUUUUGAACAUGAUAAUGAAGUCUGAGUUCCAUAAAAGGCAGGAAAUUUGACUAGCUGAGCGACUGUCAACAUCUCAAGGACUCUGCUGUAUGGAGACAAGUGAUCAACAUGAACAUGGAUUGGUGAUGUUUUAUGCUUGAAGGACUGAAUACUUGACACACCAGUUCUCUGAAGUAGAUGUCAUCACAAGGGAAGAGUACAAGAAUGCUGCAUAAUAAGUAUGUAUGCAGGAGUCACACUUCAGAAAGUGAUUUUACAACAACUGAAAAGACCACCUAAGCAAAAGUGAUGAGCCACAAACUGUUGCAGCAGGCCAUAACCAUCUGGUGUCUGCAGGAGGAGGCUGCACCAUAUUUAUCUGACCACAGAUAAGUAUAUCAAGAGGCUGAUAACCUCUUCAGUGGUUUCAGUGGAGGAAUGUGUGUUGACCAAAGGAAGACACAUUGUUGCCCAUUUAGUGACAACAGACCCUUAUGUAGUUCACUGGCCCAAAGCAAAUAUUAGGCGUGUUUAGCCACUGCGUUUUGUGAAUUGGAACGUCGGAGCAAGUCACUUACCAGAGGUUUCCUGGAAGGGAUGGCAGCAGGCUGCAAUCAAUACACUCCAAAUAAAAUAUCACCACGAUGUUCAUGACAAUUUCUCAGCUCUGACUGUGUAAUGUUUUGGAACCUAACUUGGAACAAACAGGUGGCAUCUUAACACAACACAGUCGCAAGACAACAAUAUCAGGCUUCCACUUGCACUGACACAGACUGUACUGACUGAUGGAAAGAAGUGGCAAUCUUAAUUGCUUCGUUACUUCGUCCCUCACCUACUUAUCUUCAUUGAGUGGUCCACAUACUGGGCUCUCCCUACAAGGUCAGUGGCCAUAAAUGCUGGAUCGAACUCUACCAGCCGUGUCUGAUGGCUGAAUGGUGAUUUAUUCACCAUUCAGCUGGCAUGGCUGGUAACCUGAGAGUCUUUCAUCAGCUUCAGUUGUCAUGAAGGCUUCACUUUAUACAUCAGUGUAUAAUGUUAUUUAUCUAUUUUUGUGAGUGAUAUGACCCUUCAUUCUCAAGAAUCUAUGCAGCUAUUACAGUGAUAUAGGGUCAGACCAUUUUAUGUUAUUGACUAAAAUUAAACAUGUACGAAAGAAGAA